AUAAAAGGUGACACAUGACCGACAGAGUGUUUAGUAAAUCGUGUUUCGGUAACAGUGGUAAUUAGCGCAUAAUGAUGUUUUUCGGUGGUAAACCCGUGAGCUUUCCUCAGCCGAAUGCGGAUUUUCUAUCCAUGCUAACAGCGCCCGAACGGCAGUUGAGCAUAACUUCGCAGGCCCUGAGUGAUGUACCCAGUGAAGUCAUUAUAAAAUCUCGCAUUAAAUAUGGCAGCCGCUGGUCCGCCUGCCAAGGCCUUAUGGCUGAAUAUUCCAAAAGUACUUCGGUGCAUGGAUUGCGUUACAUAUUCGAAGUUCAUCGACCCAUCUAUGAAAAAUUCUAUUGGAUUAUCCUGAUGAUGAUUUCGUUUUACUUUGCUAUUUCGCUCAUGUGGGAUACCUAUGUGAAGUGGCAGGAUUCGCCAGUGAUUUUGGGCUUUGAUGAGACCCUGGUACCAGUUUCUUCCAUACCCUUUCCCACAAUCACUAUAUGUCCGGAAAUCAAGAUGGAGAGGGAAAAAUUCGAUUUUACCAGUGUGGCAAAUCAAAUUUGGUCCGAAAUUGAGGAAACGAAUAGUUUUCAAAAUUCUGGAAAUUUAACUGAAGAUGAAUUACAAAAGUUUGUAGCAACCUUACAAAUUUGUGAAAGUGAAGUGCUGGAUCGUUUUUCGCCAUACAUGCCCAAAAACUUACAAGUUGAUGUUCCCCAAACACUGGUUGAUUUGGCUUUGGUGCCUAAUACUACUUUGCCCUUUUGCAAAUGGAAUGGUCGCUUCUAUUUUUGUCAUUAUCUUUUUAAAUAUGUGGUAACUGAUGAAGGUAUUUGUUAUCAAUUUAAUGGUCUAAAUGCCAAGGAUAUCUAUCGAGAUCCAAAUUUUCUAAGCUAUACGGAUAAAACAAUUAUCGAUUAUAAUAACUUUUUCGAUGACUCAUUGGCUAAAUACCAGGAGGUCACCGGAAAUUGGUCUUUGGAUGAGGGUUAUGUGGGUCAAGGCUUUAAUGCAUAUCCCCAGAGAACAGUAUUGUCUUCGGCACGAAAUGGUUUAUUUGCAUUUAUGAUGGGUUUUGAACAUAAUUUCGAUAGAACUUGUCGAAGUUUUAAGCAAGGAUAUAAGGUUUUUCUAAAUUCCCCUGAGAGUGUACCCCUAACUACUGGCAAUUAUAUUUUAGUACCCCACGAUGAUGAGGUGCUAGUUUCUGUUUUACCCCAGUAUGUGACCUCAACGGAGAAUUUACAUCAGUUUGGUCCAGACAAACGCCAAUGUUAUUUCAAUGAUGAACGUUAUUUACGAUUUUUCAAAACCUAUUCCCAAAGCAAUUGUCAAACUGAGUGUCUGGCAAACUAUACCAUAAACAAAUGUGGAUGUGCCAAGUUUUGGAUGCCAAAACCUUUGGACAUACCCACAUGUGGUCUGGCCGAUGUUAAUUGCUAUAUAAGCGCUGAGGAAGAAAUGAAUUUUCUUAUUUCAAAUCAAACAAAGCGAAAGUCAGUGGAUCCUAGUGUAGAGAUAAUGUGUGAUUGUAUACCUUCAUGCAAUUCAUUGGAUUAUAAUUUUGAAAUAUCGCGAGCCUUCUAUGAUUUUGAGAAAACGGUCUUGGCUUUACGUGAUUCUUAUGAACAUGAUGAUGGUCGGGGAUCUCGCUUGUCGGUCUACUUCAAGGAAACCCAAUUUACUGCCAUCAAACGUACCGUCAUGUAUGGCAUAACCACUCUUAUUGCUAAUUGUGGUGGCAUCUUUGGCUUAUUUAUGGGCAUUUCCAGCCUAAGUGUAAUUGAAUUUAUUUAUUUCUUUUCGGUACGAUUGUGCAAUAAUUUGCACAAGCGUAAUGUAAUCAAGAAAAAGAUUCUGGAGCAAGAUGCUGAAGAUGAUGAAGAUGAGGAGUAAUUAAAUGUGAAAGAAAUUAAGUCCAUUAAUUUUAACCAUAUUGUACAAUACC